GAAAGAAUUUUUCUAUGCCAGUCAAUAACUUCUUCAUAUAGGGGUUAGGUUUUUUCAACUAGAACACGCACUGCAUAUACGUAACCAGCAAUGCAACGACUCCCUGUCAUCAGCUCCACUUCUUCACUCGGGAAGACCGAAGAAACUAUUUAUGCAUCACAAAUUCACUUCCUUCUCCAACAGGAAAAAUCCAUCAAUGGCUAAAGCUCUCUUAUUCACCUCCAACUCACUCAAGGCAACAGUCUGCCUCUUUUUCGUCGUCAUCGGUCUGAAAUGUGGUCACUCAGCAAGAAUCCUUGACGAAGUGGAUCCACAACCCCCCGUUAUUGAUGACAUACCCCACCAACCCACUCUUCCUAGUGGCCGAUUUCCAGCCAUCGUCCCCACGGCCACGCGGGAGGACGAUGCUGACCCACCACUCCCGGAAGAAGCUGAAGCCCCAACUGUAAUUAUGGCAUCUGGCACAGAAACCCCACCUUUGUCCUUCUUCAUGCAUGAUAUCCUAGGCGGAUCCCACCCAUCAGCCAGAGUAGUAACCGGGAUCAUUGCCCAAACAGAAAUCAACGGCAUACCUUUCUCCAAGUUAAACGACAACAUCUUCUCGGUCCUCGGGGGGACCCCACUUUUCAACCCGAACAACCUUAUAACCCAAAACAAUGUGCCUUUCUUAACUGGCCUAAACGGCGCCCAACCCAACACUGUUUUACAAAACACCGGCAACGACCACGUUUUUGCCAAUGACAAGAACCAACCUUUUGUCUCCGCCGGGCAGCUUCCACCGGGAUCCUCCCUUCAGAAGCUGAUGUUCGGCACAGUAACCGUGAUCGACGAUGAAUUAACGGAAGGGCAUGAGCUGGGAUCAGGUGUAGUUGGCAGAGCUCAAGGGUUUUACUUAGCCAGCUCUCUGGAUGGUACCAGUCAAACCAUUGCAUUGACGGCUUUGUUGCAUGGAGGUGAACAUAAUCAUGAAUAUGAGGAUAGCAUUAGCUUCUUCGGGGUGCAUCGAACGGCGUCGCCUGAGUCACAGAUUGCGGUGGUUGGUGGGACUGGAAAGUAUGAGAAUGCUAAAGGGUAUGCGACGGUGGAAACAAUUCAUCAAGAAGAUCAGCAUACAACGGACGGUGUUGAUAUGAUUGUCAAGUUUAGUGUUCAUAUUACAGAGUAAUUUGUUUGUUAUAGUGUUUAAAUUAAGAUCUGAAAUUGAGUGAUAAUUGAUCAAAAGUCUUGUUGUAUCAAUCCUGUUGUGGUUAAUAUAUAGUUGGAAUCCUCUUAUUCCCCUUUCAGAUAUGAAGUAUCAAUUUAGGGCA